UUCCCCCUGAGGUCGCAUCAAAACUCAAGUUAGUUAUUCUGGCCAUCAACAUCUAUGAAUUGCCCCCAAAGCUUACAGAACUGACCUGUGUUUUAUUGGAAACAAUCUGGUAAUAUUGGCUGGGGGAAGGCGAGCGUUGUGUAAACAAACACACUCCCACCACUGAAUUUCAAUAAUAACAAAACCAUCAAAAUGUUUCAGUAGCAAUUUGGUGUACCGGAAAAUGCAUCAAAAGUAGCUUCAUUUUACUCUUCCAUAUACAAAAGAUAAAUAUUUAACUAUACUAAAACAAAGAUAAGAUUUUAAUCAUAGUAGUAGUAGUAAUAGUAAUCUGAAUUUACACAAUGCGCAGUUUAGUAAUCAAGAAACAAAAUGACGCUAUUCGGUAAUUAUAUGUGCUUUCCUGUAAUAAACAGGGUGAGAAAACUGCACCCCCACUACACUCCCUAAUACCUCCUUACACCCUCCCUACAGCCCCUAUACACCUUACAACCUCCAUACACCAGCCUACACCCCCCUUAUCCUCUCCCUACACCCCAUUCUGCUCUCCUAACAUCACCUUACACCCCCUAUACACCUUGCAUCUAUCUCCUUCAGGGAAAUGAUACAAGAUAAUGAUGAUGAUGAUAAAAAAAGCCCCACCUGUUCCACCACCAGUGCCACCUGUUAAGUUCACACAGCAGCAUCCUCCCUUUAUCUCGACCAACCCGACUAGGCUUCAUUUUUGCCUGUCAGUUAUCACCAAGACUCCAGCUUCCAUCAUCACAUUACCACCACCUUCCCUAUUACCAACACGAUCUUCCCCAUCUUUACCACCACUAUCCUCACCACACACAGCAUGCUGUGGACGUGGGACAAGACGGAUGCUGUGCUGAACUGCGGCAUUCUGAGCGGCGUACUGGUUGGCGCCGUACAUGCAGUUGUCCCCUUCGCCUGCUGUUGGUCCGCCUUCCUCCUGCUGUGGGGCAUCUCGGCGGCGGCCUACGUGAUCUCCGCGGCUCUCCAGGUCUCCACGAAGGGCCGCGCCGUCCUCAUCACCGGCUGCGACACCGGCUUCGGCUUGGGCCUGGCACUGCACCUGCACAGACUGGGGUUUCGGGUGUUCGCGGGUUGCCUCCUGGCCGACGGUCAUGGGAAGGGCGCCGAGAGCCUCAGGAAGGUCAGGUCAGAUCGCCUCCACGUGCUGCAGCUUGACGUGACUUCCCAGGGACAGGUGCAGAAGGCGGUGAAGGAGGUGAAGAAGCUACUGCCCGAGGGAGAGGAGUUAUGGGGCCUGGUGAACAACGCGGGCCUGGCUACGUACGGUGAGGUGGAGUGGGCCCAGAUGGAGACACUGCGAAAAGUCAUAGACGUGAAUGUGUUGGGUCUGAUUGCGGUGACCAGAGCCUUCCUUCCACAGCUGAGGAAAUCCAAAGGGCGGGUCGUUACCGUCACCAGUGGCUUGGGUCGCAUGGCCGUGCCGAUGAGGUCAGCUUACGUCACGUCCAAAUAUGCUGCGGAGGGCUUCUGUGAUGUGCUCAGGUACGAGAUGAGGAAGUGGGGAGUGAAUGUAUCUAUUGUCGAGCCUGGGAACUUCAUUGCAGCCACCGGAAUCUUCAGCAAGGCAUCGAUACGGGAGGCCGCGGAACAGAUGUGGGAGAGCGCCAGCCCGGACGUGAGGAAGGAGUACGGUAGAGAGCACUUCGAUGGGCGUAUGAAGUUGAUGCAGCAGUAUGCGGGCAGCGGCGACAAGGACAUCACACCUGUACUCAAUGCCUUUACGGAGGGCCUCGUGCAGCGGUGGCCUCAAGUUCGCUACGUCCCCAUGGAUCUCUACUUCCGCACCCGAGUCUUCGUGGCCACACACCUCCCCGAGUGGGUCUACGAGAAGCUGUACGUCGGCUGAAGAAGGAUGGGGAUAGCGGGAGGGCGGGACGGUGAGGGUGGGAUGGGGCUUGGGGGUUUGACAUUGAAGAGGUGAAUAGGAAAGACAGUAAAGAGGUAUUUGUAGAAGGAGUUAGCAAAAUUAAAGAUUAAUGGUGGAUUAAUGAAGUGUGUAAAUUUGAGGACAAUGGGAAGAUCAGGUACAUGGUAAAGAGGUAUUUUUAUGAGUUAGAGAAAAUAAAGAAAAAGUAAUGAUGGAUUGAUAAUAAGUUGCCUGCUAGUUGGAGGUAUGAUAAGGGAGAUGGAGUAGUACAAAUGAUAUGUACGUAAUGUUAUGAAGGGGUAGAAUAAUUAGUGAGGGACAGGGAAGGUAUGGAAUUGUAGAAGAUAAAGUAAUACAGUCAGCCUCUUACACCAAACAGGAAUGUACACAGAUAUGCAGAUAAGCGUUAAACAUGGAAGGACAUUCAUAUGCAGACACUUAUCGAAGUCUCAUAAAUAAGUCUUAUAUGGAGAGGGACUAUAUGGAACUAGAAGAUAAAGUAAUACAGUCAGGCUCUUAAUGUCAAACAGGAAUGUACAAAGAUAUGCAAAUACGCGUAAAACAUGGAAGGACGGGACUUUAAUAUGCAGACAUCAAUCUAAGUCUCAUAAAAAAAAGGUCCUAAAUUUAGUCGUGCCCCACCACGCAGCAGGACGAGACCAUAUGAAAUACCGAACGAAAAACGGUUAAAAAAAAAUGUACCAAGGAUAGGAUACUGCCGUGUCUUUUAUCUUCGUUCAUUUCUCUUUGUUUCACGUCGCUGUGUUCGCUUUUUUUUUCCAAGUAACUUCAUUUAAGGCCGUGGAAAGGCUGGGUCUGGGUAACUUCUUCGUCAUCCACGGCUUUUUGAUAGCAACCCUUCCGUUCUUGUUUGAUUUGGAUUACGAGCGACGAUUUCGUUUGAUCUUGCUUACGAGUGACGCUUUCCUUUAAUCCUAAUUACGAGCGACGGUUUCGUUUGAUCUUGAUUACGACUGACGCUUUCUUUUGAUCCUAAUUGAUCCUAAUAACGAGUGCCGCUUUCCUUUGACCCUAUUUACGAGUGACAGUUUCGUUUGAUCUUAAUUACGAGAGACUUAGGCCGAUCGACGUAGCUGAGGAUCGAUCUUUUGUAUUCUUGACGACUUGAAAAACGGGAAGCUGAUAUUGACUUAAGUGUCGUUGUACAUAUACUACUUUAAACUUUGUCUUCAUAUUCUCCCUCUCCCUCUCCCUCUCCCUCUCUCUCUCUCUCUCUCUCUCUCUCUCUCUCCUUCCCUACCGUCUCUACAUGUUUGUCGGUCUGGCACACGAUAACCGCCACCUCCCACCACACCAAUAAAGCUUCACCACAAUUG